AUGCGACCAAAAUUCGUGCUGGGGUUCGUGCUGGGGCCCUAUGCUUUUCUGCUCGGGCACUCUGCUAUCAUGUCAGUCUCGUUGGGCCUGGCAAGCCUGGCCACGGUCGACCGUGCCUGGCUCAGAUGGUUCCCCGACGUGACAUCGGCCGUGCUCACGGCAUCUAGUUAUCCCGGUUUCCCGGCGAGCCAAUGGCCAACGUCGACGAACUACACUAACUAUCCCCAACAUCGGCCCUCGCAACCGAGAAUGGAGAUGCCCGUCGCCCGGACGACGUUCGCUUUCGGGAGCAGGCGCGAGGCGGAGAUUCGCCCUGCAAUAUUGCCGGGAGCCCUGCCGCCCAGGGAGCUGGUGCCGGAAAGACUCGCCGUUGUUGUUACAAUCUAG